GCGUGCUCAUCUGUAAAAUGGGCAAGAACACAGAACGUCUGUCUCAGGAUGAGGACUACGUGGCUAAGGGGGAGAAAGAGUUUGGGAAGGCGCCGGCGCACCGCGAAAGCUCCGCGAUAUUACUGCCUCUGCUAUCAUUCUGCCCCUUCAACCUUCGGAGCGUGGCCACGAGGAGGAAAAGGCAGCAAGAGUGGCCUUGACCCAGCCCUUCCGAAGGGCCAAGGCAGCUGCGGUUGAGACUUCUACGUGGGCACACUGGGGCAGAGCCGGAGGGCCCAGACCUGGGCAGGAGAGAGCUCCAGUGGGGGUGGCAAAGGCAGGGACCCGGCUCCACCCCAGCAGACGGUCCCAGCACCCUUCUGAGCCUUGGUUUCUGCUUCUGAGAAAUGGGGAGGCUGGGGGGGGGGGGUCCCUUGUAGGCUUGCCUGGGACGGAGCGCGCCCAGUGCUCAGGGUGCUGUGUGGACGCCUGGCUUCUGUGAACCAGGCACGGACAGAGCCCACGGCAGAGCAGGCCCCGCGGCCCUUUGGGUUGGGGCUUUAGGAAGGAACAGAGCCUCUCCUGGUAUCUGAUGCCGUCCUGCUGUCCUGCCGUCCUGCCUUCCCACUCCCACCCCGACACUAAAGCUUCCGUGGUUUCUCCGGCUCACCCUUCGCACCCGGCGCGCCGCCCCACCUCCGCGAGGUCUCCAUCCCAGCCUCUGCUUUGGAAGACACCUGCCCUCUCCUUCCUGUGAUAGGAGAAGCUCUGGGUGGGGGGGGGGGGUCCACCCUGUCCCCAGGGGCCACACCCAGCACCCCCCUGAACGAAUGAGAACCCAGCUCUGCAGGGAAGCGGGCUGUCCUCAGCCACCCGACGAGGGAGACUGCGGGGAUGGGGGGGGUCGAGAGACCGUGUGUGUGUGUGUGUGUGUGUGUGUGGCCUGUCUGAGCAACCGAGGUCACGGUGGACCCGCCAGACAGCGCUGUCCAGGGGAUAGCAUGCAUCAGCGUGUGCAAAGUGAGUGCUUUUGCCGGCACACGCGAGUUCGCCACGCACCCGUGGCGUUGGUGGAGGCGGACGGUAGGCUCGUGCCUACUUUGGGGGGGUGGCUGUGAGGCUCACAGAGGUGGUUUCGUUUUCCCAGGACCACCCAGGAGUCUCUGAGCCGCAGGUGGAGCCCAGAUCUUUUCCCCUGCGUCUUUUUUGGAACCUACUACCCCCGGGAAGGAGAGGGCCCAGCGGGAGCUCCCGCCCAGGAACGACUUAGGAAGAAGGCAGCCUCGAUUUACCCCGGGGUGCUGGGGUUUGCCGUCCACUGCCCCCCAGGCCCCGAGGCAUGGCGGCAGCGUCCCUGGGCUGACCCGCUGACACUGUGAGUGCCUGAGGGACCCGUCACCAGGCACAGAAGAAGCACACAAACCGCACCCCCCCUCCUUUCCCAGGAUGCUCUGCAAUGCGUGGGCUCAGAGUAGCCACCGCGACUGCUCCGAGGGAAAGAGGACCCCAGAGGGCAGGGCUCAGGGAGCCACACGGACAGGCUCAGGCUCUUCCCCAAGAGCAUGGACUGACUGCGGCUGGAUUUCAAGACAGGAGCGCCCAGGGCGGUUCGGUCAGAGCCACAGCCUCGACCAGGAGCUGCCUAGAGAUGGGAGGAUUUCUGGACGUAAGCAGAAUAAAUGACCCGGGUCCCCGAAGUUCUGGGUUUAAGCCUCCUUCAUGGGGCCGCCUGGGGGAGGCACACAGGCUGUGAGCUCAGACAGCAUUCUUACUAUUAUUAUCUCCAACCCUUAGAUGGCACUCCCUGUGUGGCAGAUACUUCCUAGCAAGAGCCACUCCACGAGCAGGACCUGUCACCACCCCCGUUUCACAGAGGAACCUGCCCAAAUGGGCUCGAUCCCCACCCCCGCCGAAAACUCCUAUUUAUUUUUCAAAACCCUGGUAGGGCAUCCCUGCUCUGAUCUCCUGGUGGGGGCCAUCCAGCCCCCCCUGGAGCCCCAUUUCCCACACCUGCCAGUCUGCGCCCAUCCACUGGGCUCCUUGCUCAGAAGCCUGCUUUCCGGAGUCUGAAUCCCCAUCCGGCACAGACAGGGGGUCAAGACGUGUUUGCCAAACGGGACAGCAGAGGCUGUGGCCCCUUUUCUCGUUACUCCCACAGGACCUCCUGGAGGAAAAUGUUGCUUGUCUCCCCCGCAGGUGGCCAGGAAACCUGUCCUUUAAAGGUGACUCUGGGCAGGUCUGCUGGCCCAGCCCACCCCCCAGUUCAUCUUUCCUGGAAACUGGGGGUGGGCGAUGCCUACAGAGGGAACCCCCCCAAGCUUCCAGGGACGGCGGCAGGAGGCACGAGGAGAAGCCAUGGGACCAGAGGGAGGGGUGUCCCCGGGGAGGCACAGGCAUAUCCAAGAUGCUUAUCUUUCCCCCCCCCCCUCUCGUCAACGGCUAUUACAACGCCUUGGGCCUGUGUGGGCUUUGCAACUUUUCGAGGCGUUGCCUCGAACCCAGUUCUCCUUGACCCUUGGCAACACCGUGAGCUGGGCUGGAGUGGUUCUUCCCACUUCGCAGAAGAGGAAAUGGAGACCCCCCAAAGGUGAGGCCCAGCCUCACAGGAUCAGCGACUGGUAUUCUGAAGUCCCCCGGCCUGUAGAUCUCUGUCGGCCUCACCCUGCAGCGGGCCAGCCUGGAAACUUCCUAAAUUCUGCCACCGUGUCCGGUUCGCGGGUGAGGGCCCCCUGCUUACGAUCCUCUCUCUGUCGGGUUUCCUGGAGGACUCCGAAUGGGUGGGGGGCAAGGGCUGGGGGUGGGUGGCAGGAAGUCAAACUCCUUAGGGCUGCCGGGAAAGGCGCCCCAGGGGGCAGGGUCCCAGGGCCGGCAUGCUGUUCCUUCUGUCGUGCGGCCACCAGGCCCGGCUCCUCCCAGCGUGGCCCUCAGAGGCGGCUCCUUCCAGGGAGAGCCAGACUCCAGCCUGCUAGCAGAGGAUGUUUUCCUGCGCAGUGGACAAAACAUUUCUGGCCCUUUCAGGAGGGGACUGAACAGUCUGUCCACUUUGGCUGCGUUCGGGGUUCCUGGACGGGCGCAAGUGUGCUUUCACAGGCAACAAGAUUAAUCACACAGCAACCUCCCUCCCUCCCGGCUCCUCACCUGCCCCGCCCCGUCCCCUGUCACCCGCGCUGUGCUCCGGAGCAAACUUCUGAGAAGUCAUUCCAAGUGGCCUCAGGAAGUGAACACUCGAGUCGCGCGCCUCCCGCCACAGGCCUCCUCGGUGAGGGGGAGGGGCUGGCAAACACCCCCGACCCCGAGUCCCGUGAACCCCAGCCGUCUCACGUGGGGCACGUCCCAUCCCAACUGACUGCUUUGGCCUCUGACCUGACGCAGUGGCCUGGAUCCGACGGCUGUUCCCCCUGGUGCCUCUCUGGUGGAAGUUCAUCAGAAUUUCCAGAGGUUUGGGAAGCUUCCAGAACCCCCGGAUGA